AUGAAAGGACUAGUACCUCACGAUAAGGGGAGCAGAGAGCAUGGCUUAAGAAAAGGACAGCAAUAUACAGGAGCCACUUUGCUAAACGAAGAAAAAAAGGGAUCGAUUUCGAUGCGCUCUGAUUUGAAUCAAGACAAACAGUUUUAUGUUGAAGUAAUCAAGAUGAUACAUUGUCCUGCUUUUAAAUACGGGAGCACAAAGAUUCAUACCUUAAAAAGUGAGAAAUUCUCAAACAAGAACGGAAAACAUAAUAAGAGUAUGGACGACUUUCGCUCAUCACUGUCAUCAAAACAGAUACCAGCAGUUGUGAUCCCGAUUGUCGAAGCAAAAAUUGAAGCUAUGCUUAGGAGAAAUGAGGUAAAACGCAUGUCAGCAGAAGACAUACCCUCGUCUGUCCGAGCACUAAAAAAUCAAGGAAAGCUGUCGAUUGAACAUCUGAUAAAUAACUACAUGGAUAUAUUGAAACAUGAUUAUAAGGAACAACCAGCUGUUGGCAAUAAACCAGAGCCCAUAAGCGAUGAAGAUGAAGCUAUGUCCAAUGAACUUACUGAUUUUACCAGACCUGAAGACAUAGUCAAAACGGUGGGAAAACACUUAAAAAAGAAUAGAGUCAUUAGAAAAACCCGUUUAAACACUUACCACAAGAAGCACUAUUCUAACACAAGAAAAGAUAUGUUUUCUUAUUGUAGUUGGAAGCGAGGUUCAAUUAUUUCCUUUGUCGGUAACUGGUCUGGAAAAGGAACAUAUAUUCGUGCAGGGCAUACACGGCGAAGCAUAAAACCGAUUCUGAAUCGAUUCGAUUCUGUCGCUGAUGGUCAUGUCGCUGCAGUAGAUGGGUUUAAGUUGACUACCAUUUGUAGCUCAUGUUUUGACGUCACCACAAAACAAGUCGUGAAAGUUGGAGAAAAUAGACUGAAAAGAAUUAAAGAUGCUGUUACAUGCACCAAUCACAACUGCCCAAGAAGACUGUACCCAACAAGACGUACGACAGUAAAUCGAGACAUGAAUGGUGCAAGCAACAUCGCACUCAUUGGCUUUCUUGUGUGGUCCCAAAAAACUCUUUACCACUUCCACCUUUUUGAAGAGGUCCUUAUAACGCAAACAAAUGGGCGUAACAUACCUCUUUAUGAAAACUGGAUGAUUAUUAUACAGAACCUGCAUAAUCGUUAG